AUGGUCAACCCCGGAGCAGCAAUUAUGUUUCAGCGCACCAAGCAUAAAGCGUUUCUGAACCGUUUACGGUGGACGCUAUGGGCGCAAAAUCUUUUCGGCGUAUCUUCACUGACCAUCGACGGACAGGGAAGGGUUGGAUCGGGAAGUGUGGCACCGAAGCUGAUUCUGACGAUAUUGAUAUCGGGUGUACUAGUGUCCACAUGGCUAGUUUAUUACAACAACGAAACAGCAUUGGUUUGCAAAUCUAAUGCACAACAGAUUGUUCUCUUUUAUUACUUUAUCAUCAUUGAAUCGCUGGUGGCCAUUACAUUUAACAUGGUAAGCGUCAUUAAGAUUGCCUGGCCUUCUUCGCAAAGAUCGUUGGCACAGUGUUGGGAGCAGCUGAUAGCAAAGGUGCAAGACAUGCAAACUCUGUACAAUUGCAGUAUCGAAUCAAAACGAUCGUUCCAACUCUUCUGGCUGUGGCUGUUCCUAUUGUCGAUAUCAUACUGCAUUUUUCUAACCUUUAUGGUUCUGUCUUCAUCGGUUGUGUUCAUAGUACAGGCGAAUCAUUUUAUUCUGUACGGGAUGCGUAUAUAUGCGUACCUGUCGCAUACGACUUUAUGCGCCUCGUUUGGGCUAUUCGCAAUGCUGUUAAGAAACGUGAUCGUUGAGAUGCAGAGAAUGGUACGGCAAACCGUAAGCGAAACCCAGCUACGGUCUAUGAUUCAACUGUAUCGACACAUUCUUCAAAUCGUAGAAAGCUUCUGCACUGUUUACGGUUGGGUUUUGUUGCUUAUUUUCUUCGAACAUUUCCUGAUCCUGACGGAUCGUUCCUUUUUUGCAAUACGUAUGUACCGACUUCCGAAUGGAUUUUCCAUGCAGCAAGUGUUGUCCAUGUUAUCGUCCUGGGCGUUUCCAUUGGCUUUGAACGAUAUGUUACUCAUGGGUGCGUGCGCAGCAACGGAACAGGCAUUGCGUGGAUUCGAAAAACAACUGUGUGCCGCUGGUAAAACAACCCCUGGUGACGAAAGUGACCUUAUGUUCAUGAUCACCAGCUUCAGUCUGUACGUGGCUGAACGGAAACCAAACUUCCGGAUCCUAAACUCACUCAACUUGAACUUUAAGCUAGUUUACGGGAUCUGCGGAAUAAUUGCAACCUAUUUGACAGUGUUUCUGCAGUUCGAUGGUUGA